AACAGCAGCAGCAGGAGGGUUGUGAGCGAAUCAAGGCAGGAUUGUAUUCCUCCCUUUCGCACUCCGCUCUGGUCGGACUGAACCCACAGAAGCCGGGCUGAAGGGCCAAGUUCAUGUCCUGAGCCUUAGGGCGAGCCACACAACCACACUGGAUAUCAAAGACGGUGUUCCAGAUCUUGCUAUUGAAAGGCCUAACUUCCACUUGUGGGGUGGUGAUGUAGCUGGCUAGCUGAGAGUGCCUGUCUCCUCUAGCUAAUUGACGUGCUAGCUAGCUACCCACAAAGAGACAGCUAGCUAGCUAGCUGCCUAGUCUGUGCUGAACUCUGCAAGAGACAGAUGCAUCUAACGACCCUCUCCGCGAAUUGACAGUAGCUCCAAAGCAAAGAGGUGACCUCGCUUUGUCCGAGUGCAUGCCUGAGUAAUAGGGCCUGCGUGAAAGGGAGUGAGUCUGUUGCCUUCCCUGGGUGAAUCUCUCACUGCCCUGGAUAUGAUGGGUCCGCGCCGGAAGUCUAGCAAGACACAGAGCGCAGCAGCGGGGCCGGCCGACCCCCUCAGGCAGGAGGAGCCCAAAGACUACAUCAACGAGCUCUCUCAUGAGGUGCUCUGCCACAUAUUCCGGUACCUGCCCAUGCAGGACAUCAUGUGCAUGGAGUGCCUGUCCCGAAAGCUGCGUGAGGCGGUGACACUGUACCUGCGUGUGGUAAAGGUGGUGGACCUGUGUGCCAGCCGCUGGUGGGAGUACAUGCCUUCAGGCUUCACAGACUCCAGCUUCCUGAUGCUGCUGAAGAAGAUGCCGGAUCUUGAGCAGCUUUACGGGCUCCACCCACGCUAUCUGGAGCGCCGCAGGGUGCGGGGCUACGAGGCCUUCAGCAUCCCCGGGGUCCUGGAGGCCCUUCAGGCCUGCCCCAAUCUGCUGGGUGUGGAGACGUCUCACUUAGAGCUGGUGGAGGCCAUCUGGAACUACAUGCCUCAGGUCCACAUCCUGGGAAAGUUCCGCAACCGCAACGGGGCUUUCCCCAUCCCCCCAGAAAACAAGCUCACCAUUCCCGUCGCAGCCAAAAUCCAGACUCUGCACCUCGUAGGGGUCAACGUGCCAGAGAUCCCGUGCGUGUCCAUGCUGAGGCACCUCUACCUGAAGUGGGUGCGUCUCACCAAGCCCCAGCCUUUCAAGGACUUCCUGUGCGUCAGCUUGCGCACCUUUGUCAUGAGGAACUGCGCUGGGCCCACCAACUCCCUCAAGUACGUCCCCCUGGUGACGGGCCUGGCCUCCGCCCGCAACCUGGAGCAGCUGGAGCUGGUCAGGGUGCCCUUCCUCGGGGGGCUCAUCCAGCACGUGGUGGAGGACAGCUGGAGGUCAGGGGGAUUUCGCAAUUUGCACACUAUCGUGUUCGGUGCCUGUAAGAAUGCACUUGAAGUCGACCUGGGCUACCUCAUCAUUACUGCAGCCCGCAGGCUGCAUGAAGUUCGAAUCCAGCCUUCCCUUACCAAAGACGGGGUGUUCUCUGCACUGAAGAUGGCUGAGCUGGAGUUUCCACAGUUUGAGACUUUGCACCUUGGAUAUGUGGAUGAGUUCUUGUUGCAAUGUAAAAUGAGCCAUUCGGAGCUCGUGAAGUACGGCUUGGCCGAUGUGAUUGAGAAUCCCGGGAUCAUCACAGACAUUGGAAUGAAAGCUGUCAAUGAAGUGUUCUCCUCCAUCAAGUAUCUGGUCAUCUACAAUUGCCCGCACCUCCACAAUCCUCACAACUGGAUCACAGAUAACUCGCGCUGGAGCCGGCUGGUGGACCUCACGCUGGUGCGCUGCCACGCCAUCAAGCUAGAGUCCUUCAGCCAGUUCAUCGAGAUGCUGCCCAGCCUGGAGUUCAUCUCCCUGGAUCAGAUGUUCCGUGAGCCGCCCAAGGGGUGCGCUCGUGUGGGGCUAAGCGCCGGCACAGGGAUCGGGGUCUCCUCUGCCCUCGUCAGCAACCAGAACUCCAACAACGACAACGACAACAAUAACAACAACAAUAACCACCAAAACAACAACGCCAACAUCCCGCCACCCAACAACGAGAACGGGGAGGCCGUGGGAGCGGUCCCACAGCAGCAGAACCAUGGCCAGGAGCUCAAUGAUGUGGACGAGGUGGUGCAGGAGAACAUGGAGGUGGAGCCAGCGGCUGUGGCGGCCAGCCCGGAAGAGGAGCCUCCGGGACCCAGUCAGCCGGUCAACCCCUCCCUGGAAGCGGACGAGGAGCAAGCAGGCCCCAGUGGAGUGCAGUGUGCGGUGAAGAAGCAGCCUGUGGUGGUGUCUGACUCGGACAGUGAGGACGAGGAGGACCCUGAUAGGGCCAUGGGUCUGGCCCCCCCCGGGCUCACAUACCAGGGGCCCAGUGAGAAGAUGGCCCCUGCAGAGGAGCCAGGCAGGCAAAGCAGUAAAGGGAAGACGCCGCUGCGAAGACGAGGAGCACCUCUCCAGGAGCCCAGCUGUGAGAAGGGCUGCCAGGUCACCAGCGAGCAGAUCAAAGCAGACAUGAAGGCCGCCACCGAGACGCCCGACAGAGGGGGACGCGGGGCCCGGGACCCGGGCUGCACUACGGGGGGCUGCGUGUGCUCCAUACGCUGGAGGGAGGACUCGGCCAAUCAGGAGGACGGGGCAGGAGGGGCCGUGGGGGGCGAGGGGACGGUGAGGACACGCUGCACCUGCAGCAGGGCUCGCCCCAGCCCGGAGGGGCGGACUCGAGGCGGGGCUCAGCACCCAGCCAGCGUCGCCGCGGCGGCGGGGGCAGGGGACAGCCCCCGGGAACAGGGGCACAACCAGGCGGACACGGCCCGGGGGGAGGGGUCACAGGCGAGGGGGGCGGCCUCUGAGGCCCCGCCCAGGACACGGGGGGCGUCGGAGCCGCACGGCACCGGGAGCGCCGGUGGGCAGGAGGAGCCUCAGGACAGGGCUUGCAGGGACGGUUUCCCCCGCCGGCCCGUCACUCGCGCCCGCAGCAGACUCUCCAGCGUGCCCCUGGUCUCCGAGUCAGAACUGUCCAAACCAAAGCCUCGCGCCACAGUGAAGAGGAAGCGCACGGCUGACAAGUCCACCAGCACCAGCGACCCGGUGACGGAGGAUGACCACGUGCAGGUGCUGACACUGAAGUCCAAAAACCUGGUGGGCAUCACCCUCACCAACUGUGGGAUAACCGACCUGGUGCUGAAAGACUGCCCCAAGAUGAUGUUUGUUCAUGCAACCCGCUGCCGGGUGCUGAAGCACCUGAAGGUGGAGAGCGCUCCCAUCGUGAACCGCUUCGACUAUGCCCAGUGCAAGAAGCUGGACAUGGAGCAGGUGCUGGACCAGAUCCUGCGGAUGCCCCCUGAGAGGAACCGCAUCAUCUACAUGCGCCCCAUGCAGCAGGUGGACUCCCUGGCCCUGGAGAGGAAGAUCUUCUGCGGACCGUACCCCUACCACAUCGGCAUCAUCCACGAGUUCAGCAACCCCCCCAACGUCAGGAACAAAGUGCGCGUCCGCAGCUGGAUGGACACCAUCGCCAACAUCAGCCAGGAGCUCAUCAAGUACGAGUUCUUUCCUGAGGCGACUCGGACGGAAGAGGACGUCAAGAAGUACACCAGUUAUCCCUGGGGCCGGGACAUCUACACCUUAGAGGGGGUGGUAGACGGCGCCCCUUAUUCUAUGAUCACGGACUUCCCGUGGCUGCGCACCCUUCGCACGGCCGAGCCCAACGGCUACGCGCGCUACGACUUUGAAGACGACGAGAGCACCACCAUCUAUGCCCCCCGGCGGAAGGGCCAGCUGUCGGCAGACAUCUGCAUGGAGACCAUCGGGGAGGAGAUCUCAGAGCGGCGGCAGACCCGGCGAGGAGUGUUCCAGCGCGUGGUGGCCAUCUUCAUUCAUUACUGUGAUGUGCGUGGCGAGCCCGUGGAGGAUGACUACAUCUAGCGCCUCCUGCAGGCAGAGAGGGGGAAGGAAGGGAAAGGGGAAGCCCUAACCCACCCCAACCCAGGCCCCACCCACAACCGCUGCACCCAGUGGGGAGACCCGUCCUUGACUUUUAAAAAUGGCGACAGAGGGUACUGGGGCAGAUUGAGUGGCCUUGCUUUUGUUUUGUUAAUGUUACCUUAUCAAGGGAAAAAGGCUGCCCACUGUAUACAUUCAACAGCCAUUGCUGUAGGGUCUUUUGUUUUUCAUUUUUUUGUUAGUGUGGUUUCUAUCUAUGGCAAAUGGCUGCACGGAGCUCCCUGUUUGUGAACACGUUUUGCUGUCCUACCCGACAGGCAUUUGGUUGGCAUAAUGACAUUGAAGGGUCUUGCCAUAAAUUGGCAACAAAGACAGUGUUGUCAGGGUGGGAUCUGAGAGUCAUUUUUCUGGCCUGCAGAUUCACCUGUUUGGCAGCACACAGGGAAGUGCUCAUUUAUUCAUUGGAGAAACCAUGUGUGCAAAAUAAAAAAAAAGAAACUUUCUUGAGGACAGCACUCAAGAUGGUCUACAUUGGAUGUCAAGAGAAUCGAAAGAGCAGCACUAGUUCUUGUUUUCAUUUCUUUUUUUUUUUUCCUCAAAAGGGUUUUCCCUUUUACUUGUAUGUUUGAGAGUUUAAUACUGCCAUGGAGAGUGUUCAUUUUUGAGAGUUUUUUCCUUGCUUCCUACCUCCGGUGCUCAGAGACACAAGCUUUAGGAGAGCACCUGCUUGCAAAGCUAGAUUCUAGAAGUGCCCUUAGAUUUGUUUGUGAUGAACUUCUUUUCAGUUUUUGCAUCAGUAUUUUUUUAUUAUUAUUUUGACUUUGUUUUAAGGUGGGUUCCAUAUUUUAGUCUCUCUUCACACUUCUGUUCUUGUAGUGUUGUCAAUGGGGGUGGGUUAGAUUUGUGGGAUUUGAACCGUGGUGCGCUUCCCAAUAUUUUCAGUAGUGCCAGGCUGAGCAAAACCAUAAGCUACCCCUUAGCCUUCAGAAAGACUCUGUAGCAUCAAAGAAAUUUGUUGUCAUUGGAUUUCUUGCUCAUUUCUAUGAUUAUCCCCCUCAUGCAUCUGGAAGAACAAAAAAAAUGCCCUCCAGCACAAGGCAUCUUUUACACGGACACAUUUUAAAAUUCUCUGCCCCUUAAUUGAACCCACAUUUCAGGAGACUGAAAGAGGCACUGCUUUGAGUCAAGAGCACGACUGGUUACGUUCCAGGGCGAAUCUCCUCCUCAUCUCUAGAAGACUUUCAGGCACACACAUUACCUUUGGCUAUUAAUAGACUGUGCAGUGCGGACUCCCCCAUGUGUUUUAUCAUUUUCAGAGGAAACGAGGAAGCGCACUUGCAUUUCUGUUGUAUUUAUUUAUUUCACCGUAUUUCUCUUGUACUGAAACACUGACGGAGAUGGAGAAAAUUGUAUCUGGUAGCAUUUAAAGUGUUAAUGGAUCCAUAAUUCCCCUCCCCCAGUCGCAAUUCGACCAGUUCUGGAUGCUGAGUUCACACAGAGCACUCAACAGGAAGUGUUAGCGUAUGCAAGUGAACAUACGUUUUUGUCUUAAACUACGCACGCGUGAAGCUGAGUAAACAAACUGUGAAAGAACUGUUCCUUAAGUCUUCUAUAGAGAGAGAAAAAAAAAUGAAGGGCGCUGUUUUUAGAGUUUGAAAGCCAUUAAAGUGUGUUACCCCCAUUCUUGCUGCUCUGAUUUCUACCUUUUCCGGGUGACUCCUUCUACCCUCUGCCCCCCUUCCGAUGCCAAGCUAAAACGCUUGCGGAUUGAACCUAUAGCCACGCUAAGCACUGCAAAAAUCUGUGUACA